AUGGCUCCAAAAUCCGAUAGCGCCGAAGCGAUCGUGUUGAACUUCGUCAAUGAGCAAAAUAGGCCAUUGAAUGCGCAAAAUGUGGCGGAUGCAUUGCAAAAGUUCAACCUGAAGAAGGCAGCGAUACAGAAAGCAUUGGACAAUCUUGCUGAUGGAAAGCGUAUUUCAUUCAAAGAGUAUGGUAAGCAGAAGAUAUACCUUGCGCGGCAAGAUCAAUUCGAAAUUCCGAACAAUGAAGAGCUUAAUCAGAUGAAGGAACAGAAUGCCAACCUGCAGAAAGGGCUCGAUGACCAGAAAAAAAAUGUUAGUGAGGUUGAAGCAGAAAUUAAAUCGUUGCAAUCAAAUUUGACACUGGAACAGAUCUGUGAAAGAGAAGUGAAUCUAAGAAUGGAGGUUCAAGAAAUGGAGAACAGACUGACCAAGUUACGUGGAGGUGUUACUCUGGUGAGGCCAGAAGAACGCAAGGCAGUUGAGGAUAUGUUUUCGGAGAAAAUAAGUCAGUGGAGAAAGCGUAAAAGAAUGUUCAAGGAUUUAUGGGAUACCCUCACUGAGAACUCGCCUAAAGAUCCCAAAGAAUUUAAGGAGGAGCUUGGAAUAGAAUAUGAUGAAGAUGUUGGGGUGAGUUUGCAAUCAUACAGUGACCUGCUCCAGCAUGGUAAGAAGCGGCCUCGGGGACAGUGAUAUAUUUAUCUGAAAUCAGAAGUUUUUCCUUCCUAAUCAGCAUAUUAGGAGUAUAGAUAAGUUUGGUUUUCUGAAUGAUUGCAAAUUACAUGGCCCUUGU